AUGCCGAUAUCGGAAAACGAAGAAGAGUUUACUAUGGAACACAAACAGACGAAGAUCAAGAGCCUCAGCUCUCUGUGUGAAAUCAGCUUAAUGAGAAACCAUCUUAUGUUGCAAAAUGUGGCAAACGUGCCUUACCGGCUGGUACGAAAUGUGCUGUUGAAGCUGAAGAUGGAGCACCUGUGUAAGUUGGAGGAAUCAAACGUGCUGCUAAUAUUUGAGGAUGAAGAAGCCUGGGUAGAGCUGCUCAAGAAGGACUUCCCGAUGCAUGUGCACGACACUUACCACCGUAAGCGGGACGAAAUAGUAGCAUUCUACGCUGAUUUUGUAGAGAAGCACGACCCACCCAAAUUGCGGGACGAGGAGCUCAUGCGAGGGUUUCUGCGCUUUGCUGUGCGCAAGGAGCCUGCGACGCACAAGUAUAAGGUGCCCAGCCGGAUGCUUUAUUUCAAGUACCAAGAAGACAUGUUACGGAAACAGGAGCUCAGCACGCAGCGGCUGCGGAUGCGGAUGCAAGAGAUGCAGCAGGAGAAGGAAAAGAAGCAGAUCGUGCCGCUUGACGACCCCGUUUACUGCGAGCGACGUACCAAGGCCGCAGCGCGCGCCGGAGCAGGCGAGCGCUCAGGCCUGUUUGCAAAAUCCUAUAAGGAACACCAAAAGCGGCAGUUACACUUCAAGAGUGGCGGAUACGAUGCCAAGAGCCGGCCGGUGAAACGGCUGGCGUUCGGUGGCCAGGUGGGGAGACCCGCGCCUAGCCCCGCCGCGCCAGCCCCGUGCGCAGCUCCUGCUCCGCCUGUCGCCGCGCCCGCCCCGCUUCCCGCAACAAUGCAGGACACCUCUCAGCCUAAGAGAAGCACACCAGCAGUCGCUCCGUCUGCACGCCGGAAGCCAACCCCCGAACAAAACCUUUUCCUGAAGCGCAGAAGGCCUCUGCCGAAGCCCAAAACGCCGCCCACGCCCCGAGCAGAACCCUCUGUAAAGAGAAAGCCCACUGUGGUCAAGGUCAAUUCCACCAAAAUUCACAGAAAAAACACCAAAACUAGCAUUUUCGCUGCUCCCUCGCCCCAGCAGCAGGUCCUGAGCCAGCAUAGCAACACCUCCAGCGCCUACAUCUUCGACCAGCCCCGCCAGGGCUAG